AAAAGCAGUAGAAAGCUUACUUUUUUCAACAAACUCAGCUCAGAAAUUCCAUAAAAGGCCAUUUAAUGCUCAUAUUUCAUGCAUCACACUCUUGCCAUCUGUAAUGAUUACACAGCAGCCAUGAAAACGUUACAUUUGAAGCUUUUGGUGUUAUCUAUCACAUUGCCUCACCCAUAUGAGAACUCUCUUCUGAUAAAGGCAUAAAUCUCUUACACUUUUUUCACUUCUUUAACGCCCCGACCUCGUUUUCUCUCUAUUUAUCAAAGCCGUUCUUUCUUUCAAUAUAUUUUCAAGAAUUUCUAGAUGUUGUCAAGAACUAAUAGCAUGCAGUGGAUGGAUGGAAACAAAGAAGUGGAAGAAACAAAUUCAUGGACGCAGAACAAUAACAGUGGCGGUUUGGAGAAUAAAGAUGAUACAGAAUUUGGUGCACUUUCUUCAUUCAAAUCUAUGCUCGAAGCUGAAAAUGAAGCCGACUGGUACAUGUCUGCCACCGCCGCCACCAGCCACGAAAUCAACAUGCAUGGAGGCAGCCACCAUGAUCUCGGUAACAUCUCCUUUUCACCCAAUUUUACUGAUGCUGAUAAUAAUCAACUGGUUUUGCAGUCGGUAGACUCUUCUGCUUCAUGUUCACCAACAUCUGCUUCAGUUCUCAAUUCUUUGGAUCCAUCUCAUCAGUUAAACUAUUUUCUGCCACAAAAAUCCACACUUAUGAAUCCAAUUCACAACAAUCUUUUAGAGGGGACAUUUGAUUUGGGUCGUGAUAAUGGGUUUCUUGAAAGUGCGUUAAAUCGGGGAACUGGGAUGAUGAAUAGUGCUUUCAAUGAUUUAAGUACUCAAUCCCAAAUGGGCGCUCUUAAUUUGAGCUCGAACCCUCAGUUUUCGUCAGCUAAUUUGCUUCAACUGCCUCAAACCAGUGGCGGUUUUGGUGCACUGGGUUUUGGGGAUGGUUCCAUGAACGGGAGUCCAUUGUUCUUUAACAGGUCUAAGAUGUUGAAGCCACUUGAUGAUUUUGCUUCAGUUGGAGCACAACCCACUCUCUUUCAAAAAAGGGCUGCUCUAAGGAAGAAUCUUGCUAGUGGGAGUGUCAGCAGUUUGGGGGCUUUGAAUUUAGGAGGUGAAAUCAAUCAUUCUCGAAGUUCUACGAGCCUUGAAGGCUAUGACAAGAAGGGGGAAUUGAGUGACGUAAAUGAGAGGAAAAGGAAAAACAGUAGCGGGGAUGACGGGGAGGAUUUUAGCAUUGAUGGGUCCAAUUUGAAUUAUGAUUCUGACGAUCAAUUUCUGGAGAAUAGUACUGUUAAUAAGAUGGAUGAGACUGGUAAAAAUGGUGGGAACAGCUCGAAUGCUAAUAGUACUGUCACCGGUAGCGGUGGGGAUCACAAGGGUAAGAAGAAGGGGCUUCCGGCGAAGAAUUUGAUGGCUGAAAGGCGCCGGAGGAAAAAGCUCAAUGACAGGCUUUACUUGCUGAGGUCUGUUGUACCAAAGAUUAGCAAGAUGGACAGGGCAUCAAUACUAGGAGAUGCAAUUGAGUAUUUAAAGGAACUGCUACAGAAGAUCAAUGACCUCCAAAAUGAACUGGAGUCCACCCCUUCUAGCUCUUCAUUGUCUCCGCUCUCGAACUUUUAUCCUUUGACGCCUACAACACCAGGCAUUCCCUGUCGUAUCAAAGAAGAACUAUGCCCAAGUGCAUUUGCAAGUCCAUUAUCUAGUCCAACGGGACAACCAACAAGGGUUGAGGUAAGGCUAAGAGAAGGGAGAGCAGUAAAUAUUCACAUGUUUUGUGGGCGCAGACCAGGCCUUCUGCUCUCCACUAUGAGGGCUCUGGACAACCUUGGCCUAGAUGUCCAACAAGCUGUGAUUAGCUGUUUCAAUGGGUUCGCAUUGGAUAUCUUUCGAGCUGAGCAAUGCAAAGAAGGUCAAGACCUCCAUCCGGACCAAAUCAAAGCAGUACUCCUGGAUUCAGCAGGCUUUCAUGGGAUGGUGUAAGGAUUCGUAUACGAUGAAGUGUACGAGUUAAAGCAAGAUUCCGAGAUGUUACACUUCAUCAUUGGAUCCAUGAUGCUGCAGUGUGAUCUUUUUUAUGAGCAAUAAUCCAAUGAAGAAACAGACCUAGUUGAAAGUACUUUGCUUAUGGAGUUUGCCUGUCGUUAAGUUUACAUUGAUCAAAUUGCUUCCCCUUUUUUUUUCAUUUGUUUGGAGAAAUUGCCCCUGAGGCACUGAAGUUUGAACAAUUAGGUAUCUAUUUGACCUUUUGAAUGCUAUGUUCAAUAUAGCUUUCUCUUCCUUUUC